CUGCGGUUUGGUCUCACAGGUGGAAGUUACCGCAGGCAGAGCUCGGACACGAUGGAGACGGAAAUACUGAAAAUGAUCUGCGCCGGCCAAGGAGCAGUCAACACGGAGGAUUUAGUGUAUAAUCUAUUUUCCGGAGAUCCCACGAAGGUGUCGGAGAUCAUUUGUAACCGAGAGAAAUUUGCUCGGUGUUGUCCAAACGGACAGCCGAAGGUGGUGGCCAGGACCCGCCUGAGACUUUGCAGAGCCAAAGACUGCCCGGGGACGUGCAGGGGUCUGCACCUGUGUAAAAACUUCCUCUUCAGCGGAUUCUGUCAGUUCACUCAGCUCAGGAGGGGCUGCAGCUUCUCCCAUGAGCUGACGUCUGAGCAUAACCAAAGACUUCUGAGGCAGCAUGAGCUGGAGAGCCUGAGCCGAGAGGAGCUGUGCACCCUGCUGCUGCAGAGUGACCACACAGUUCUUCCUGAUAUAUGCCACGACUACAACAACGGUGUUGGACUGUUUGGCAGGUGUCAGGAUGGUGAUGGUUGCAAGAGGCUCCACAUCUGUGAGACCUACAUCAGCCGUGAAUGCAGCUGCUGGAAGAACCACGAUUUUAAUGCUCCACAGCCAUUCAGAGCUUUGCAAGCUAGAGGCGUACCUGACACACUCUUUCAAUCCUUGAAGGCUACUUAUGCAAAUAAACAAGCUUUGAAGGUGGCUCGAGUCAGUGACCAUGGUCAACGAAGUCAGAGAGGCAGAGGUGGCCAUCAGCUCAGCAGAGGUUGGAGAGAUACUUGGGGCAACAGUGGCUUUAGGGGGAACAGAGGAAGCCACAGCAGCCGCCCGGUGCAGGAUCAGGCCUGUUCACUUAGUGACAUUGCUGCAAACAUUGACGCCUUUGACCUGUACUCCAGCGAUGGACUGAAUGAAAGCGACGAUGAAAACUCUCCCACUAGUGACAUCUCUGCCGCCACUAGCGACAACGAUGCGAGCAGCGAAAAUGAUGUAAGCCAAAACCGGACAUGGCGUCCAAAAAAAGCUGCUGUGCCUUUUAGAGGGAGAGGCGGCAACAGGGGCAACCAUCGGCUUUUUCAAAAUACUCGUUCCUUAAGUGACAUUCGUGCUGCUGUCAGUGAUGUAGCUGCUAGAGGCGGCGGAUGGCAGAACAAUAGACAGAGCCCUGUCAGAGAUAAAACAGGGAUCUGCAUGUACUUUAUCAAAGGUCACUGCAAACAUCAAGAUCGAUGUUUUAAAGCUCAUGACAAGAUGCCGUACCGAUGGCAGGUCCAAGAGGGACACCAGUGGACUGAUUUGCCCGAUAAUGAGACAAUUGAGAGAGACUACUGUGACCCCAGUAACUCAUACAGUAGCACCAGCCCAGCCGUGCACUUUGACACGAUGACCUGCGGACUGAAGCAGGUACGUCGGCUCUCGACAGAAAACUCGGUGACUGAGCCGACCUUCAUCCACACCACCGAGUGGCUUUGGUACUGGCAGGAUGAGUUUGGGAGGUGGAACAUGUUUGCAUCUGCUAUUGAUGGACAUGAAGCAGCAGACAUCAACAGCACAAAGCUGGAGAAGUUGUUCCUGGGCAAUAAUAAAGACGUUGUGGAGUUUACUGCUGGUUCACACUCGUAUUCACUCAGUUUCGAUGACAUGAUGCAGACAAACAACCUUAAUGGCACGAAGACGCUCGUGUGCAGACGGCCACGGUUUGUCUCUGCUGUAGACGUCCGAACAAAGAAAGUCAGAAGGCCUGUGGUUCAAAAUGUUGGCCCAGUACCGGACAACUGGGACAAGACACAGAUCCCUGAAACAGGAUAUUCGCAAAUCUCCCUCCAGAGCAGCUCAAGAGAAUUUAAGGAGGUUGAAGCUCUUUUCUGUAAAACCAUGAGAGGCUUUGAUAUCAUCAACAUUGAGAGAAUUCAGAACCAAAGUCUUUGGGCGGCCUUUCAGUUGCAGAAGAAUCAGAUGAGGACCAAAAACCGAGGGAGAGAUGUGCCUGAACUAAGGCUUUUUCAUGGCAUCGACUCCAAAUCUGUAAACACCAUCUGCCACAACAACUUCGACUGCAGAACUCAUGGAAUGGCUUAUGGCAAAGGCAGUUACUUUGCCCGCGAUGCCAAAUACUCCCACGACUUCACCGGUGACGCUGACGUCCGAGCCAUGUUCAUCUCACGGGUGCUGGUGGGAGACUACACCAAAGGGUCCUCCGAUUAUUGCCAACCUCCUUCAAAAGACGGAGGGGGCAUAAACCUCUAUGACAGCUGUGUAGACGAUGAAAUGGACCCCACCAUAUUUGUGGUGUUUGAGAAGCACCAGAUCUACCCCGAGUACCUGAUACAGUACAAUUAGACAGUGUACUGGUGAAAGAAACCAGCUACCCUAUCAGCUUACCAACCCAGCACAGUUUCUUUCAUGUGCUGAUAGUGAGACAAAUGUAACUUUGAGUACUCAGAGUAGAAAAGAGAUAUGAGAACCACAUGUUUACCAUUAAGCAUUUAGCAAUGUUGGUAAAAAUGUGUGAAUUGUCCUGGGAAAUACUUGGUAAAACUAGCUUCCCAGUCAGUUGCUAUUUUAGGUUUAAUUAGGUUUAAUGAUGAAAAUGCUGAAUAAGCAAGUUUCUUUUGUUUGUUUCGAUGCUCAAUCUUUUUCAACUCGACCAAAUGCAAAGUGAUUUUUAAAAGAAGACAAAUUUCCACAAAUCACAAACAUUUCCAGUCAGUCUGUCUUCAUGUUGCACAUGAAGACAUAUGUGCAUCUUUUGCAUCUUUUAUGUGCAAAAGAUGCACAUAAAACCAGGCUGGCACAAUCCCAUUUGCUGAGGUGUUUUUUAUAGAAAUGACACUAACUUUUAUACAAAAUGUAAUAAUGACAUUUUGUAUCGCUAAUGAUCUUAGCAUAUAUCUGUAUGUAUCUCCUUAAUGGUGGGCCAAUCUAAAGAAAAGUUUUUUAAUAACAUUGCAGUUAUUAACAUCUAUUUUAAGCCAUGUCUUUAAGUUUUCAUAUUUAUCACCCUGACAAUGCGAUGAUGUCUCCAUUUGUUGUUGUUGUGACCAGAGGUGUGGACUCGAGUCACAUGACUUGGACUCGAGUCAGACUCGAGUCAUUA